AACUUGCUCCCAACGUCCAUCGUGAAUCGGUUACCUAACAUCCUGGCACCUCAAGGAAUGUCAGAGAAGAGCCAGACCUGGGCGUGAAUCUUGCGAUGGGCUUGUGCAUUGCUCGUGAACGCCCAAAGUCCCCGAACCCUAUUAGGCUCGAGCGCAUGCCAGGAGAUAGCCUUGCGGAGGCGGACGACAUGUGCAGGAGGAUGACUCGUUACUCGGAGAAGGGCCCCAGAAUCGCGCCAGGGCGCAUGCGUUCUGCCAGUGCGAGGUUAUGGCGCCAUGUAGCCGGGUAUCCCGCCCCAACGCAUGUACAUAUACCGAUGCGUGCUCGACCUGAGCAUUUUACUCAUCUUACAGCGCAACAUCAUCGUCCGUCAUGGUGGACAACGCGUUUGUCUGGCGAUGCAGCAAAGUAGGGUGCCCCGAUCCCGACUUUCCGAAGGACUACAAGGCAGAGCACUGCACCUCGUCUCGAGGGCCCGCUUUGUGUAAGUCCAUGCGGCACGGCUGGAAGUAUCACUACAAACAAGUGACUGUUCCGUGGAAAGGUGGGAGGACGACGCUUGUGCGCGACAAGGUCACUGGGCUUUUCUGUUGCCCUUGUGGCGCACCAUCCCAUGCUUGCCAGGACGGACAGCGCAUGUUCAGGCUAUGCAGACGCAGGGUGCACCCGAGCACGAACGACGACGUAACCAAACCGACGGACAACGAACAAAAUGGAAGUCCUGAAGAGGACGAUGACGAUGAAGACGAAUCCCAACCUUGCAUCCUGAUUGCCAGCAGCCCGUCACCAGACACUCCCACCUCGAGCACAUCGAAGGCCGGCUCUUCUGCCAGCGCUCAUCCCGAAACGAGCUCCUCGCGGGCGAGAUGCGCGACCAGGACGAGACCCAAGACCGUGCUCUCUACGUACGCGCCGGCUAGUAGACAGUCCAGGCGAAAGCGAGCGCGUAGCGUGUCGUCGUCGUCUGACCAGUACCGUGAGAAUUCUGAAGGCGAAGAGGACUCGCAGAUCCUUGUUCUCAAGCAAGAGUUCCAAAAGUUACGCCAGAAAAGGGAGGCAAUGUGGCGACGCUUGAUCGACAAGGAGAAGGAGGAACUGAAGAAGGACAUGAAGCGCGCGAAGUUGGGCUGAAGGCAUGCGACGAAGACCCAUGUUUGUACGAUGCCGCUUAUUUCUUUGUACCAGUAUUGCGUGAGGGACUAUGUCGUCGUAUUUCUUGCUCUAUCAUCAAUUUCAGGAGAGUCCGCGCGAUGGCGAGGCCGCCCUAAAGCACGAACAUCUAUGCGGUUCUAUCGCCGACAGUUCUGCCUCAUGGGGGUUGGAACGAGGUUAUGGUUCUGGAGGUUAGACUUUUCGGCUACCCCAUGAAAGCUCGUCCGGGGGGACAAGUUCAUCUAAAGGGGCACCUCGUAGAAAGUCAACACCGAUGUCAUCGGCGCAGUCAUGGCCGCUUCUUCCGAAAGUUGCGACUGGGG